UAUGUAUUUUGAUCUAAAAUGUGAAAAUCUGUUGGUAAAUAUACAGGAUCCGCAUCGACCAGUUUGCAAGAUUGGCGAUCUCAGCUUAUCAAAGGUAAAACAACAAACUUUAGUGUCGGGAGGUGUUCGUAGGACCCUACCUUGGAUGGCACCUGAGCUCUUGAGUGAAAAAAGUAACAUGGUAAUAGAAAAGAUCGACGUUUAUUCAUUUGGAAUUGUCAUGUGGGAAUUGCUUACUGGCAACGAACCAUAUCUAAAUAUACAUUGUGCUUCUAUAAUUGGAGGGAUAGUGAACAACAUAUUACGCCCCAAACUCCAACAUGGUGAGAUCCCGAAUGGAAGUCAUUGAUGGAAAGUUGUUGGGCACAUGAUCCAGCUCAGAGACCUCCAUUUUCAGAAAAUCUCACAGAAGUUGAGAAAUAUGGCUACAGCUAUGAAUUUGAAAUGAUGCUUUUCAUCGAAAAGUAGUUUGAUUAUUGAACAUAUAGAAUUUCUAUUUUGUUUCCAUGAAUGCAUCUUCUAAUAAGGGAUUGUUAUAUGCUUAUAUUCUUUCAAUGAACUCU